AACUCUGCUAGUGCGUCAUCAUCACGACAGAGUGAAACACCAGGGAAGGCAUCUAACAGAAGGAGCCAUUCGCACCAGUGGACUGUGGUUGGUUGGAGGUAAGCGACUCAUAAGCACCAUCAUUCACAAGUGUGUGUUUUGCAGAAAGCUACGUGGACUGUCAGAACAACAGCUCAUGUCUGAUCUACCUGAAGAAAGGCUCAAAGCGGACCCACCAUUCUCAUAUGUGGGCCUGGAUGUUUUUGGCCCAUGGGAGAUUGUGACAAAACGCACAAGAGGAGGUCAAGUGAACAACAAGAGGUGGGCAGUGUUGUUCACAUGCAUGUCUACCAGGGCCAUCCACAUUGAGGUUGUGGAAACAAUGACUGCCUCAAGCUUCAUCAAUGCUCUCCGGAGAUUCUUUUCACUCCGUGGACCAGCCAAGCAACUCAGGUCCGACAGAGGGACCAACUUUAUUGGCGCCUGUAAUGAGCUGAAACUAUCACCACAGGAUGCCAAUAACACAAUCAAAGACUAUCUGACAGAACAGAGGUGCACCUGGGAGUUCAACCCGCCCCAUGCGUCCCACAUGGGUGGGACUUGGGAAAGAAUGAUUGGGGUUUCUCGCCGCAUUCUAGAUGCUCUACUCCUAGAUGUGAAGCGACCUCAGCUCACCCACGAAGUCUUGGUGACCUUCAUGGCAGAGGUCACAGCUAUUGUUAAUGCCAGACCCCUUGUGCCGAUUUCGACAGACCCUGAAGCUCCACUGGUCUUAACUCCAGCUAUGCUUCUUACUCAGAAAACAGGAGCUCCCCCUACAGUUCCAAACAACCUGACCGAGAAGGACGUCUUCAAGAGCCAAUGGAAGAGAGUUCAAAUACUAGCCAACAACUUUUGGACAAGAUGGCGGAAAGAAUAUCUCUGCACCCUUCAAGGUCGUCAAAAGUGGCUUGUAAAGAAAACAAAUCUCAAGGAAGGAGAUGUUGUCCUCCUGAAGGACUCCACUGCAAAGCGCAACGAGUGGCCCAUGGGACUUGUUGAGAAGGCAUACCCCAGCAGGGACGGGCUUGUGCGAAAAGUGGAUGUAAAAGUUGCAAGACAUCAGCAUGUAAAGACAUUCAGCCGACCAAUCUCGGAACUGAUUCUUCUAGUGACGCCUAGUAAUGUGGACAUUUGAUUUAGUGGCAUCUCUUAAAGACGCCAGGCGGGGAGUGUAAUGGAACUUGUUUAACUUAAUGUUAUUCAAUGUUUAGUUCAUUUACUGAGGCCACCUAGUGGCAAAUGUUAUAAUUGUGUGUAUUGCUAGUUCACAAACGCCAUCUUGUGGUCACUUUUAUUACUACAACUUGUUUACCAGAAAGGAAGAAAGCCUGUUCAUCCAUUUGCUCUGAAAGAAGCAGUUUUUGUUGUGUUUUCUUUAAUCUAAGUGCAAAACGGCAUCGUCUUUUUACACGAUUCUCAUUAAACCCUGCUAAAGAACCUAAUGCAGUGCUUCUUGGUGGACGAAUGGGAAAGUGUUUAGCUACCUGUAUAGCUGAGUUACUGCUGAAGGCCACAGUGCUUAGCGAGGCC